ACAUCUACUGCUGGAUUUCACCAGGAUCCCCCAGAUCAUCUUACACCGGAUAGACCGCCUUCAGGAUUAUGUUGGAAAAGCAGAGGUUUUCUCUGAACAGCAGCUCUUUGAAAAGGAGAGGAAUUCCAGUUUGGAUCAAGAGCAACUAGAACCUCUGCAGAUAAAAGAAGAGCAGCAAGAACCAGAACAUCCCUGGACAAAAGAGGAAACCAUGGAGCUCCCCAUAAGUGAGCACGAAGAGCAGCUACAUCUAAAGCAGUUGACUGAAGAUAGAGGAGAAAAUUCUUUCCCACGUUUGACAUGUGGAGAAAACUUUCUAAAAAAAGAGCAUUUAAUGGUUCACAUGAGAACUCACACAGGUCAGAAGAUUUAUGAAUGUCUGUAUUGUGGAAAAAGCUUUUCUUAUAAGUGUAAUUUUAAUAGACACAUUAGAAUUCACACAGGGGAGAAGCCUAUCUCCUGUACAAUUUGUGGCAAAAGUUUUAAUGUAAAAAGUGGUUUGACUGAACACAUGAGAACUCACACUGAUGAGAAGCCUUUUGAAUGUCUGUCCUGUGGGAAAAGCUUUUCUUAUAAAUUUAACCUUAAUAGACACAUCAGAAUCUACACCGGUGAGAAGCCUUUCUACUGUACGAUUUGUGGCAAAAGUUUUACUAUUAAAUGUAGUUUAACUGAACACUUGAUAAUUCACACAGGUGAGAAGCCUUUUACGUGUCAGUCCUGUGGAAAAAGCUUCAAUUCUAAGUCUGAACUUAAUAGACACAUCAGAAUUCACACAGGUGAGAAGCCUUUUAGAUGUGUAUAUUGUGAAAAAAGCUUCAAUCAGAAAUGUGAUCUUGAUGCACACUUCAGAGUUCACACAGGUGAGAAGCCUUUUACUUGUCCAUCCUGUGGAAAGAGUUUCCUCUCUACGUCUAUUCUUAAUACACACAUCAGAAUCCACACAGGUGAGAAGCCGUUCUCCUGUACAAUUUGUGGCAAAAAUUUUAGCCAGAAAGGUAGUUUGUCUAACCACAUGAGAAUUCACUCAGAUGAAACACCCUUUUCUUGUAAGACCUGUGGAAAAGGCUUCAAUCGGAAAUUUAAUUUUGAUAGACACAUCAGAAUUCACACAGAUUAAAGCCUUUCUCCUAUACUAUUUGCGGGGCGACAGUGGCUGAGGAUGAAAGAGUUUGCCCUGCAACUGGUGUGUUGUUUAAACCACGGCUCUGACUUUCAGUGACGUGUCGUACUGAUGGCGGCUAGAGGGACUAGUGGCACCUGAGUGUGUGCGAGAAUAACUGAAUUGAGUGUAAAGAGAUUUGGUCCGUCCUCUGACUUGAUAAAGCGCUAUAACAACAGGCCAUUUACCUGUACAGGUAAAAGUUUUACCGGAAAAAGUUACUGGACAAGGCACGUGAUGACUCAUGUGAGAAUAAUUUUUCAUCCAUGACACAUAAAAUUCAAUCAUAAAAAGGGAGAUUUGUUGCUUCUAAUAAGAAGUCACAAAACAGUGAUGCCAUUUUAGCCUCACAAAAAAGGACACCUUAAAUGCAUUAAGCCUUGAAACUUCAACAUUCCUUGGAGAAUCUCUUUAACUGAGAUUUGAACGACCUCUCCCCUUUUUUUUGCUUAUUAAAUGUUUGCACAGUUCUUAGAUACAAUAAUACUCUGUGAUUGUUAGCUAAUAAAGGUACUGUUGUAUUUUAA